AUGCCUCUAACCGACAUUAUUCGGCGUGCAUCAACUUACAUCCUGGGACCUGAAGAGAAUACUUCAAAGUCCUUUGAAUACGAGGAUAAUGAAGUUCUUUUUUGCAAGAACAAUGUAUGCGUUCAUCCACCUGCCAAUGCUCGACACGAUAGCGAUGUCUUACAUAAUCCAGGAUAUCUCACAAUCACCACCAAAGUAUUUAUAGAUCAAUAUAACGAUACUCGAAGACCUACUUUAUUUUUGACGUGGAUUCCGAAUUCGUCAAUCACAAAAAAUACGAAUAUUAUCAGUACACCUUUGAAGCAACAAAAAAAACGUUACAGCCUCGAAAGUCUAACCUCAAAUGACUCCGCCGAUUAUAUAAUAGAAAGACCGACUAUUGAAUUCAAGAGUACUAAUCCCUUUCUCAACUAUGACGAUAGAGAUCGCAUGGAUGUCUCGGAUUUAAGUUCCGAAGGAAGUGAGAAACAGAUGAUUAGCAUUAACGUUGAUAUCUCUAAUCCCGAAAUAGAGAUUAUACAGACGCCAGACAGCGUCAAGGAUCCAACAGAAUUUUUUGAAUUUUCACGAUCAGUAUCUGUAACGUCAACUGAUAGCCAAUGCAAUUGGAUUUCUACGCCGGAGUAUUUUAUGCAACAGCACAAUUUAUACUUUCCAGAGAGCGCAAGCAGUUCUCCAAUUUUACAACCCAAGGAAACCCACAAAUGUAGAAGAUUUAGUGCAGAUUUAAGCCAAAUGAGGUCGCUUAGAUUAUUCUUCAGUGAUAAUAGUUGCACUUGUGGACAACUAGUUGUAGCAUCGAGAGAAUCCCAAUACAAAAUUCUUCAUUUUCAUCAUGGAGGACUAGAUCAUUUGGCACAAGUUUUACAUCAAUGGCACUCUCUAUUACAUACUAUUAAAUAUGCUAAAGGUAUGGAAGAAAAUCUUCCUUACCGCCAUUUCAUGGUGUGCAGGCCGGAAGUGUCACUGCUGGAAUUACAUCCUGAAGAAGGACAAGUGCCUAAGUUGACGGAAGACGUUUUUAGAGGUUUAUUUAAUGAAAACGGUCAGUUAGAGGACGACCUUACAUUAAGAAAAUACGUUUUCUUUUCUGGAAUGGACAGAAGUAUCAGAAAAGAAGUUUGGCCGUUUUUGUUGCAUGUGUAUCCUUACUUAAGCACGUUUGAAGAAAGAAUUCAAAUUGCAGAGAUUAGACGACACGAAUAUGAAGAAAUAAACAGAAGAAGGCUGGAAUUAAAUGAAAAUAAACUGCAUCAGUUUAGAAGAAAAAUACAAAGUGUUGUUGAAAAGGAUGUUGUCAGAACAGAUAGAGGAAAUCCAUUUUUCUCUGGUGAAAAUAAUCCUAAUGUUGAAAUAAUGAAGAAUAUUUUGUUAAAUUACGCUAUCUAUAAUUGUGGCUUAGGAUAUACUCAAGGAAUGAGUGACCUUCUAGCUCCUGUAUUAUGCGAAUUGCAAGAUGAAGUUGCUGCUUUUUGGUGUUUUGUGGGUUUAAUGCAAAGAGCUGUGUUUGUUGCUACGCCUACCGAUAGAGAUAUGGAUAGAAAUUUGAGAUAUUUACGAGAAUUAAUACGAUUAAUGGUUCCUAAAUUUUAUCAACAUUUGGAAAAGCAUAGUGACGCCUUGGAACUUCUUUUUUGUCAUAGGUGGAUUCUUUUGUGUUUUAAAAGAGAAUUCACUGAAGGAGUCGCUUUGCGAAUGUGGGAAUCCUGUUGGGCCAACUAUUUAACAGACUAUUUCCACUUGUUCUUAUGUCUAGCAAUCAUAUCCGUAUAUGCAGAAGAUGUAAUUGCUCAAGAUCUUAGAUCUGAUGAGAUGUUAUUACAUUUUAGUUCACUAGCUAUGUACAUGGAUGGUCAGGUGAUAGCCAGAAAAGCGAGAGGUUUACUUCACCAAUUUCGUCAACUGAGAGAAAUACCAUGCACCUUAGCUGGACUUUGUACUAGAUGCGGCCCUGGCAUUUGGGACAGUUCGCACAGUCCUCGCAUAUUUUGCUUGGGACAUGAGCAAGCAGGAAUGUGUAUAAAUUGA